AUGAGCACAUACGGCAGUCCUGGAGCGCUGCCACAGACGAGGCCAACCCCGCCACAGCGAGGGAGCUUCCCCUUGGACCACGAUGGCGAGUGCAAGAAGGCAAUGACCAGCUACCUUGCCUGCAUGAAGAAGGUUCGCGGCGUCAAUGAAGACGAAUGCCGCAACCUGGCCAAGGCGUAUCUGUCGUGCAGAAUGGACAGAAACCUGAUGUUGCGGGACGACUUCAAGAAUCUCGGCUACCAAGAGCCUGAGCCGUCGGCAAAGGCCCCAGGGCCAGAAAAGGGUGUCAAAGGCGAACUCCGGUGGUAG